UAAACCAACUUCGACCACGGUGACUUUUAUUCCUACGAAGUUAUAAAUUUUCUGAAUUUUUUUGGAAUUAACUUUCUGAAUUAAUACACUCAUUGCAACCAAAAUGAUCACCAAAAUUUUGUUCAUUGGUUUGCUUUUUCAAACUACUUUCCAAGUUUCAAAAAGUGCUAAUGGAAAUUCAACAAAGCAGAAUAAUUCUUGCGUCAAAUCGAGAGAACAAUGUCACAAUGGUAACAAUAUUUGUUGCGAUCCAAACGAAAAAUGCGAAUUUAUCGAAUGGCGUUUAGAGAAAGCUCCAUACGUCUGUAAAAUUCCAACGAAACUUGGAACUCAUUGUACCAGUAACUCAAAUUGUUCAGCAAUUACACACGCAUUGUGUAACGACCUAAAUGAAUGCCAGUGUUCAAGUUAUUUUAUCAAGAAAAAUGAUUACGAAUGCGAGCUACCAAUUGAUAUUACAUGCGUGAAAAGCGUUGAUUGUCCAAUCGAAAAUUCUUUUUGUAGCGGUGAAAGACAUCUUUGUCUUUGUAAACCAAAAUUCGUACGACGAGAAGACAAAUGCGAACACACCACUUUAGGAAAAUAUUGUUGGAAAAACAACGAUUGCGUGGACGUACUACAUAUGGAAUGCUCUAAAAACUAUACCUGUGUUUGCAAACCAAAUCAUAUUUCGAAGAAUGAUGCAAUAUGUGUAUCACUUUUAAACGAAUUUUGCUAUAGCGAACAUGACUGCGGAAAUUUGAUGCAUGUAACCUGUACAGAGAAUAAAUGUGCCUGUAGACCACAUCACCGUCUUGUUCAGAACACUACAUGCUUAUCACUUUUAGGUGGAUUUUGUGAAAGCUAUAGAGAAUGUGGAGCGAGCGAUUCUAUCUGCGAAGACAAUCAGUGCAAAUGCAGAUCUAAAUUUACAAUCGCGACUCCUGAUCGAUGUAUAUUGAGUCCUCUGGGAAAUCGUUGUUUCUAUGACAACGAUUGCGAGCAAAUAUUGUUUACAAAAUGUUCGGCAAAUGGAAUAUGUGUUUGCCAAUCCAACUAUGUUAUAGUGAAUGAAACAACAUGUUCUCCACUUUUGGGCGAACUUUGUUUCAAAGAUAAACCAUGCGCACCAGAGAAUUCUGUCUGUAAGAAAUAUCCUAAAAAGUGUCAAUGUCAGGAUAAUUUCAAGUCUAUAUCCAAUGAUAAAUGUGUACCAACAAUGAUGGGGAAAUCUUGUCAUGAUGCUCUUGAUUGUGAAGACGUUUUGCACUUACAAUGUUUAAAUUCUAAGUGUCAAUGCAAAACUAAUCAUGUAAUUAUGAGUAACACUGUUUGCACGCCACUUUUAGACGAGUACUGCUGGAAAUAUGAAAAAUGCGCGCCCAAAAAUUCAAUUUGUGAAGAUAAUAUAUGUCAAUGCAAACCUGGUUAUGUCCAAAAAUCCAACAAUCGAUGCGUACCUGCAAAAAUAGGACUGCUAUGUAAGUCAUAUGGAGUGCAACGAAAUAAGGCACGCUCAAUGUUCGGAAGACAAAGUGUGUAAAUGUAAAGAAAAUAAUAUCUUUAUUGAAAAUUCAAAAACAUGCGCACCAUAAAUUGGUGGAUAUUUGCUGGGAUAGUAUAUGUCAACAAACUGAU